AUGAUUUGCAAAAAAUUGUUUAAAAGUUUUAAAAAAAAUAGCUCCCUCAUCGUCUUCUUCGUAACGUUACUUUAUUUUUUUUACACGUAUGUGUCUUUGUUUUUGUUUGUUUUCAACAAUGCCUUGUUCUACCUCUUUUUGAACAUCACCCUGUUUUAUCUAUGUUUCCAUUUUGUGGUGAGGGCCCUGACGUACCCGGGGAGUCUCUUCAUAUACUUCCACAAGACAAAUUACGACAACAGAGUAGAACUAUGUAAGUUUUACAUGAAGGAGUCGGUGAAGCUGUCACUGAUUGUAAGUGACAUUCGAGCAAACGCCAAGGAAGUGAUUCGGCAGGAAAAUUACCCCCGUGGAAAUCUCAAAAUCAAACUACAACAACUCUUCUCAAAUAGCAAUAACAAAGAUAACUACUUUAACUUUUUCAGCGGCCUAUAUAUAUUUUACACGCUCUACAUUAGCUAUUACCUCUACAUAAACUUAGAAGAAAAUGUGGACUUCAGUGACGAGCAGUUACUUUUUUACUACUACUUGAAGCUGUUUAUGAUAAAAAUAAACGAACUGAAGGUGUACAUUCAUCAGGAUGAUAUUAUAUACCCGGAAAUCCUCACAGAAAUAAAAAUUCACAAAGAUUUUAACGAAGCAGUGCACGAGUUCAUACUUAGUAGAAAUCCAACCUACGAGAAAUUCUGCGCGCCAACAACGGAAAGGAGAAGGGACUCCUCUUCUCAGAGGGGAAAAUGGAGGUUCAACAUUUGGAAGCGCAUUUUUAGUAAGAAGGGUGUGCAAGACUGCAGGGCAACGGAGGAAUAUGCAAAAUUGUUGCCAAAACAGGCGAAUGAGAAUAAUUCGAAAAGUGAUAAUGACAAUCGUGACUAUUUAACCCCCUGGAGGAAUCCCCCCCAGGGGGAAGGAAAACCAUGGAACUACUCGGAGGGAAAAGGAGGUAUUUCUUCGAAGGACGUCCCCCCCAAGUAUAUCGACAUAAAUAUAUUGAGUCUGUUCUACCAUGAGAAUUACGAAAAAUCAAUAACACAUGCUAAUUAUAGGGACUUUUUUAUGAUCAUAAAUGGGGAGGAUUUCCUCAAACUGCUAGACGAUCUGACACACUUUUUAAACAAACUGGGGGAACUUUUCAAAGUGAACGCACAAAGAGAAAGCAUGGAUUUGAGAAAUAUCACAAAGUAUAUUAAUAGCUAUGUAAAAAAACACAUAGCAGGAACAAUGGAUUUAUUCAAAUAUGAACUGAUUUUUAAAUACUACGGGAAGCAGGAGUACUUGCUAGUUAAUGGUGCCAAAAUAGAUUGCAUGUUCAUACCAUGUAAGAGGUUUCUAAAUGAUAAGAUACAAUCAUAUAUUGACUUGAAGAAGGGGGCAGAAAAGAACCAUCCGUCGAAUGCACCGACGAAUGCACCAACGAAUACACCAACAAGUGCACCAAUGAGUGCACCCACGAAUAGGCACGUCUAUUUAAACGCCUUCAACAACGACUUUUACAAUUACAUAUAUCAAGACGAUUAUUUGUGCGACAUACCCGUGGUGCUUUACUUCAACCCCAAUGCCGCAUACUACGAACUAAAUGCCUGCUAUUCUGGGUCACUGAAAUUUUACCUAGAAAAUAAUGUGAACGUUUUUGUGUACAAUUAUCGAGGGUAUAGCAAAUCCAGUGGUUAUCCAAAUUUGAAUAGAAACAAUUUGGACGCUUUAAAAAUUGCACAGUAUCUUCUAUCCAGGAAGGUGAAACAUUUAGGGCUACAUGGAACAUCCAUUGGAGGUCCUCUCUGCUCCUACGUGUCUUACCAUCUUUGCAAUUUUAACCAAAAAAAUAAUAACAUGGAAUAUAUGGACAAAUUGUACAAAAAUGAAAUUCGCAUAAAGAUCACCUGCAAGCAGAUAAACAAAACGGUAAAAUUGAUGAGUAGGAGGAAGGACAAAAUUUUAAAUAUCCUCCUCAUACCGAUUAAAUAUAUAAUUUUGCUGCUCCAGUUUAUUGUGCUGUGCAAGUUGAAAAUUUCCAACAUGAGGAUUAGGAGGCGGAUCAACCUAAGCACGGCCGAUAGUCGCGGUGGCCACGCUAGCAGGAAUAGCAACAAUCUCGACAAUCGUAACGGUAUCGAUGAGGGGGUUGUUACUGCACGCACCGAUAAUACGAGGAUAUCCUUCGUGUGCAUUGAUAAGUCCUUCUACAAUUUCGAGGAAGUGGCCAAGUACAUGGUGGGCGAGUACGCCUACAACAUCCUUCAAUUCACGUCCUACAAAAUGGACAUCACGAAAUAUUACCUCAAUUCAAAUGUCCCAAAAAUUCUGAUUUACGAUAACAAUGAUGAGAUAAUUCACUACAUGUCGAGUGUCGUUACAGGGGUGUCGAAGGAAAUUUCGAAAUUGUACAAAAGUGGGGACGCCAAGGGGGGAUCCCCAACCGUUGGGGAAUGUAGCCAAAUUUUGCUACCCUUGGUGGGGGGCACUUGUAAUGAAGGCGCACAUAUGCCACAAACAAAGAUGUAUUCCGAUUUGUACGGGAAGAAAAGGGGCCUGCACGAGUUUCCCCUUAAUGGAAGUAUUCUGAGCCCCCCGAAUGAGAAGCCCCCCUUUGUCGCUCAGCUAAUCAUAGACGAAAGUGUGGACAAAUGUUGGUUCGAAAAUAAAGUGAAAAACAUCGACAUAGGUUUAUUUCUUCAAAGCUGGAAGGUGAUAAACGAUUGCAUUUUAUUUCUUAACAAAUCUUCCACAACGAACAACUCGUUCAUUUCGAUAGGGCUCGAAACGUAUAAGUCUAUCAUGUCCUUGUACAAUUCGAAAGAAAACAAUUUGGAGAAGCAAACGCACAAUGCUAUCUAUUGUAUUUAUAAUGACAACAUGAGUUUUAUGGAUACGUUUAAAAAGGUAAAUCCUAAUUACGACGAUUUUGGGAUGGAAGAAAGUACGGGCAAAGAUAGCAGCCAUGUGAAGAAGCCAAAUGUGUGCGAUAUGCUGCGCGAAAAUGAAGACUUCAAAUUCGAAAUGGAAAAACUGAACAAAAUGUUAAAAGAUUUGUACAUGUCUAAAAGGAAGGAAGUGGAAAAGGUACACUUCACUUAUAGAGGAUUUUUCCUCAAAAAUGACUACCUCUAUAAUUAUAUAAACACGAAAAAUAAAAACAAAGAGGAACCUGCUUUUAACAUAGAGGAGGUGGACAUCAUAAACUUCCUAAACCAAUUUAGUGAUUCCUUAACAGAAAUUUCAGAUGCGAUAAAUUGCAAUUUGAAUUCCUGUGGACAAUUAUUAACAGAAUUGAAUGAAGUUCCAGAAAAUGAAAAAAUAAAUUUUUUCAAAUCUUUCAUUUUUAGAAUGAAGGUAUAUGGUUCCUACCCCUCUCAGUGUUUUAUUUCGUCUGAUGAGGAACAAUAUUCUAAUUCCAUCUAUCAGCUUCCGUUUAUUUUAUCUGAGUGUUGCAUCCAAGGGGGGUUGGAUCCUCACGGAAAGGUCAGAAAAUGCUCCUACGAUUUGAACCAUACCCGAGAUGAUGAACUGCUCUUCGAUGGGGAGUACCCUAACAGCGACUUGGAGGAUGCAUAUUUCAUGCAUAGUGACUCAGAAAAAAGGACAACCAAAGUUAAAGGGGAGCGAAGCAAAGACACGUUUCACUACAAUCACAGUUUUGCAGGGGACUACAACUGUACUACUAGUAGUAGUAGUGUGCUUUCCCCCUACGUGGUGAUAAAAAGGUCCAUGUUUUUGCACGACUUGGUUGUAUGCUUGAAUUGGUUUAAGGGGGGUACAUCCGUUGGUUCUCCUUCGGGUUGUGCGCCAUCUACCCCCGCAGGCGUUUUUUACCAACUGGAUGAUGAUACCUACUUAGUGAACCCUACACAGUUGCUGCUCACCCUGAAGGCGAAAAACCAGAAAUGGCAAAAUGGACAGAAAAAUAACACGACGCGCCUAAGCAGUGGAAACUUCCUGGACUUAUUUUCCAACGAUAUUGGAGUGGACAUAAACAAUGCGGAUUUUUCGAAAGAGCUAGAAAAGUACGUAAGCUGGAUGCGCCUAAACAACAGAAUGAGCUUAUGCAAAAUAUUGCUUUCCCUAAAAAGUGAAUUGCGAAAAAUGAAAAGCUACUCAGAAAGCUUAAUUGAUGAAUAUAGCACCAUUAACCAAAGCACGAACAUUCACUUUAUCAUUUUCCUAAUCUAUCGAAUACUAAUUUUUAAGAAGCUUCUAACGCACACUUAUAUAAUAUAUACCUUUUGGGAACGUCUGAGUACAUCCUUGGAUGUGAACUUGAAUGAUGUGGAGGAGGUUGGAAGGGAUGUUGACCUCCUAACUUUGGAACCCAUAUCUCAUUUUGACGUUUUCUACAGGGGUGCCUAUAAAGUCUACUCCCCCAAAAUUUUGGGAUGCCCCCUGCUGGUAAACUGCGGACAUAACGGCACGCUAACCAAGGAGGAUCUAAACUUUUUCAGCACAUGCUUGAAUUUCUACCUCAAGGAGUAUACAUGA